GGUGAAUAUACGUCCCGACUCCAAAAGCAGAGAGCGGGACAGGGACGACCUGCUGGGUUAUGGACCGUGGGGGGCAUGGCCAGAGCUGCUGUUUCAUCUUAAAUGGACCAAAAAUUCCCUAAAGAGCACACACUGCCAGUGAACCACGCAGGAGCCACCCAAAGAUCCCAGGUCCGUGCAGGCGUCCGGCGGGACAUGGCGAACUCGGGCGGCGAGGACCUCCGGAGCCAGGAAGGGGAGAAUUUUCUCUACUUCGCCUAUGGCAGCAACCUGCUGACGGAGCGGAUCCACCUCCGAAACCCCUCGGCCGUGUUCUGCAGCGUGGCCCGCCUGCAGGAUUUUAAGCUUGACUUUGGCAAUCCCCAAGGCAAAACUAGUGAAACUUGGCAUGGAGGUAUAGCCACCAUUUUUGAAAGUCCUGGCGAUGAAGUAUGGGGAGUAGUAUGGAAAAUGAACAAAAGCAAUUUAAGUUCUCUAGAUAAGCAAGAAGGGGUUAAAAGUGGAAUGUAUGUCCCAAUAGAAGUUAAUGUUUCUACUCAAGAAGGAAAAGAAAUAACCUGUCGAAGUUAUCAGAUGACAAAUUAUGAGCGUGUUCCCCCAUCACCCCAGUAUAAAAAGGUGAUUUGCCUGGGUGCAAAAGAGAAUGGUUUGCCACCGGACUAUCAAAAGAAGUUAAACGCAAUAGAACCAAAUGACUACAAAGGAAAGGUCUCAGAAGAAAUUGAAGACAUUAUCAAAAAGGGGGAAGCAAAAACUCAUUAGAACCUAAUAGAAUACGUCUACAGAUAUUUUCUCUAUAUGCUAAUACAUUUUUAACAUUUAGAACGGGAAUCUGGGAUAUCUCUCUGUUUAAUAUAUUUUCAACAGUGUUCUGAAGGGGUAUCUCACUUGGGUGAUUCCUUGUUUUCAGGCUAUAAAAAGGCCAGGAUAGGAGUUAGACAAUUGAAAAGGGGGCCUUGCGGCAUUGGAAUGCAUGACAAGUAGAUGUGAGUAUUCCUUCUGUGAACCCUUAAAGUUAUUUUAUUGAGUUGAUCUGAAGUGUAUUUUUGCUCUGUGAUAAAGGGUAGAUUUGCAACUUAAGGAUGGUGCUGGUAAAUCACUCUGCUCUGGGAUUUUUUUCUUAGUCAGCUUACUAAGAGCAAGCAAACUGCAGAAGCAAUUGAUUAUAACAACUUCAAACUUUAAAAGAUGGCAUACUGUUCUUAGAGGAAUAAAUGUAUUUGUGGUUUCACCUAUAGUCCCUACUAAAAUACUACAUUUCAUUUUGUUAGAGAGACUCACAUCAUCACACAUACUGGAUCUGGUCUUGGUCUAUAGCCAAUCUAUACUAAAGGAUAACUGCACAGACUGUGUAACCAGACAGCCGAGGAUUGACUGUCAGUUCCAGCACUUUCUAGCUGGGAAACUUUGGAUUAUAUGACUGUGCCUCAGCUUCCUUGCCUGCAGACUGAGGACAGUCCAAAUAUCUAUGUCUUAGGAUUGUUUUGAGGAGUAUAUAUAUAUAUAUAUAUAUAUAAAAAUAAGCUUAGAACAGAGCCUGGCAUAUAAUAAGUAUUAGCAAUCAUUAUUGUUCUUACUGAAGAAUUAAGUUUGCACAGAGCUAUCCUUGGAACAAGACUUUAAAGUAGAAGGGUCACGAUUAUGAGGGAAAUGUGUUUCCUGGAAGCUGAAAUUUGAUUCUUGGCUUACCAAGAAAUGGUCACCUUCUUAAAUUUACUCACUGAAUAAGUGGAAGAAAGAAGAGUCAUGAAUAAAACAACACUGGUUAUCAAAAAUUCUCUUAUGUCUCUGUGGAAUGCAGUGAGCUGGACCUUCCAAACAGGUUAUUAGAAUGAGAGGGAACAAGCCACAGCAGCAUAAAACAAAGAUUUGGUUUUUCCUCUUGGGAAGAAGGACCAAAGGACUUUUCAGCUACAGCUGCAAUUCUGUAGUGAGGCUGAGCCAUAGACUACAGGUUUGACCAUGUUUCAUAGCUGUUACACCCCACUGUUUUCAAGUAUACCCUCCAGUAUUCCAGUUUUCGAUAGUUGUUAACUCCUCCCCAAAAGACCAAGUUUGUCUGUGACCCAGAACACAGUUAUGGUAAUAUAGUAAGCAAGGCUCAGUUGUGCUGUAGGUACUAAAAAUUGCAUAUUAUUCUAAAAUCUGUCUCUCCUACCUAAAAUGACAGCUUUCAUUAAGGAAUUUAAAACGUUAACAGUAAAAUCUUCAUGUCUGGCCUUUUAA